AUGGAGUCCGUCACUUGCUCUCACACAAUUUUGAUCUUGUUCAACUUGUUCUGCCCGAUUAGUUCGGCGGUCCUGGAGUCCAUCUACUGGAACAGCUCAAACACCAAGUUCGAGCCGGGUCGUGGCCUGGUCCUAUAUCCUCAAAUCGGGGACAAGAUGAACAUUGUGUGUCCGCGGGCGGGUGGCCGGGGUGGGGCUGGGGGGGAGGAGUUCUACCGGGUUUACCUGGUGACCCGCACUCAGCUCCAGAGCUGCACAGUGGACCAGAGUGACACGCCCCUCCUGGCCUGUGACAAACCACAGCAGGAUGUCAAGUUCACCUUCAAGUUCCAGGAGUACAGCCCCAACCUCUGGGGCCUGGAGUUCUUGAAGGGACGAGACUACUACAUCACUUCCACGUCGACGGGUUCUCUGCAGGGGAUGGGGAAUGCUGUUGGGGGCGUCUGUCGCUCCCGAUCCAUGAGCAUGGUGCUCCGAGUGGGGCAGAGUCCUUCGGAUCCUCCUUCUGUUCCUCAGGAAUCCCCCACCAGGUUCCCCCCUAAAGAGCACAACGCCAACAACAAGGAAACCACAGGAACGGCCGAAAAAGAGGAAGAGGGGCUGGACCGGGGUCUGUUGCUGGGGGUGGUAUCAGGGGGCUUGGUCCUCGUCUUCUCCGUGGGGGUCCUGGUGGCCUGUGUCUGGAGGAGGAGACGUCCCCGGCGCUCUGAGGACAGGCUCAACCCCCCUCCGCCCUCGGCCCUCCCCCUCCAACGCUUGGGCAAGCGAGACAGCACCAGCAGUGAGGACCUGGACCCCCAGGCCCAGCUGGUGUUUCCUCUCCGGGGGUCCGAGGGAGCCCUCUGCCGUCACUACCAGCGCGUCAGCGGGGACUACGGCGCCCCCGUCUACAUCGUGCAAGAAGUCCCUCCCCAAAGCCCCACCCACAUCUACUACAAGGUCUGA